AUGGGACGCCCCAAGCGCAAUAUCCUCGCCGCGGCGGAGGAGUCAACAACCCCUCCAGACGAGCUCACACCGACGCAAUCGAUCGCCCGAGUGGUGAAGGCAGAGGGGAAUAGCCUCUACACCUGCGAACUUCCUUCCAAGAAGACAGUGCUAGUGGAACUUGCCGACCGCUUUCGAAACACGAUAUGGAUCAAGAGGGGAGGGUACGUUCUCGUCGAGGCAUCGCAGUCCGAGGAGCGCAAGAAUAGCAGAGUGCUCGGGGAGAUCAUCAACGUCGUUCGGGACGAGAGGGAGUGGCGCAAAGAGAAGUACUGGCCAAAGGAAUUUGCAAAGAAGACUUACGACGACGAUGAGGGUGACGAGGAGUCAAACGUUGGCAAGCUACCUCCAACGGAUUCAGACGAGGAGUGA